ACACGAGAAUGUAAAAUGUAAACAAAAUUCUAACAAUAUCCUAGCAAUAAUGCAAACUUUAUUAUUUCAAGUUAGUAAUGUACGUGGAUCCUAUUUUAAAAAUACGUAUGAAAACAAGUUUUCAAAUUAUAUUUUCAUGUUCGCUGAUUUCUUCGAAAAAGAAUGAUAUUUGAUGUACGCAGAAACGAACGAUAAAGUUCCAAAUCAGUAAUCCUGGGUAAUGAACGAUAUAAAACAGAUUCACCGUAUUUCCCCGUCGUAACGGGUGAUUCCCGAUCCGAAGCACAACGAAUUUGUUAAGAGACACGUACGCAUCUGCAUUGUUCAACGAUACGAGGAAUUGCAGACGAUUUGAGGAACUUUUCUGGUCGCGUUUAUCCAUCUAACAUACAGACGACUCAGACGUUUUAUUUUAUGUAAAAUAAUCUAUUUAUACGAUUGUCGUGUUUCCGAGAAUCAACAUAGACAAUUAUUAGGGCAUCUUAAGCUUAAAAUACUUAAAUAGUUUCAUGUCUAGAAAUCGUAAUUAGAUAAUAUAAUUGAAUAAUUUCUUAAUUAUCUUUAAACCUGUCUCCGAUUCAAAGAUUCAUUCUCGAGAUAUUCUAUAAAUUCUAAAAUUAUUCGGACCUAAGAUUAGCUUCGUAUAACUAUAUAUGUAGAGCAUCGUGAUUAUCGAGCUAUCACGUUGUCAAGCAAACAACCAUCGUCGUUAACUCUCAGGUAGGAAGUAGCAUUCCUACAGUCAUUGGUUCAAGCUGGACACGGGAAGUGGUAGAUAUACACUUGGCAAAUCAGAUUUUCAAAAUCUAACAAAAAAUUCAAGAAACAUUUUAUUUAUAUUUUUCAAGUAAAUAAUUUAGUAGGACUUAUCUUCAGUCUAAAAACUUACGUUCCAUUUGUAUAUCUUUUAUGGAUUGAUUUAUCUGAAAAGAACGAGGAAAUGAAGAGCGAUAAAUAUGAAUACUCAGAAGUGUUGCGCUCACUGUUCGGGAAAAUUAAUCAAUUGGGAAAACGAGUCCCACACAUGUUGCCAGCCACGAUACGUUUCGGGAAAUUUAAGAAUAUCUUCAUUGAACAAGAAUGUGUCAAACGCUUCCAGAAAAAGAUGCGUUAAGGAAGAUAUUCCAGAACCACUGCCAGAGAACCGAUUAGCCUGUUACGAUCAAUUUGCUAUAGCGAAGAAGCUUCAUGCAGAGAAUUUGGAACACCAACCCCUUCCUGAUAAAGUCAACGAUUCCGUUUUCAAAGAUGUAAAACCAGAAGAAUGCUGUAAUGGAAUUUCGUCGAAGAAAUGCUGUGAAUGUUGUAAGCAUGAAGUCGAAGAUCGUUUUAUGAGCUUGACUAAGCAUCAUGGACCAGUUUUAGGCUGCAAGGAGCCCAAGACGAAGAUGGAUCUAGCUAUUUGUUGGGAAACUCCAAUAAAUCCAGUUUAUGAACCAUCUAGAUCUACUCAUAUCGAUGGCUCAGAAGGUGGACUCGCGCCAGCUAUAUUUUCUCUUGUCCAACAUACUUCUAGACCCACCGCUCAUUCUAGAAUUUCGAGAAACGAGAAAGGUUGUACUUGCAGUCGAUAUCAUUGUAAAUUAGAGGGAGAUUCAGAUUGCUCAAAAGACGGAAAUAAAAAAGGGGAUUAUAAAAGUGUGAAAUGCUGCAGUGAUAGUCUUUGUAAUGGCUUGAAUGGAAUAAAAAUUUCAAAGCAGGUUCAAGUUGAUGAACGACCAACAGCAGGAUAUUUAAGGAAGUGUGUUGCCUGCAAAGACCAGACUAGAAAUACACGCGAAGAUCCUAGAUUGAUUAAAUCAGCCGUUGGAUUGGCAUUGGGUACUGAAAAGGCUGAAAACAAUCAACAAAAAUGCAGAAGCAAGACAGCGGUAUCAAAACUAAAAACGCCUUUUGUUAGAAAGUCUUCUUGCAUCGAUACUUUAGCUCCUCCAUUUAGUGUUGUUAAUGGAUGUAGAGACGCCGAUUUUCCAGAACAUUGGAGACUCAUGUCGGUUUAUCAACAGUCGUAUAGGAAUCCGUACAGACGAAGAAUUUAUCGUUGUUAAUUUAUAUAAGGUGAAUUAUGACGAAUUUUCUAUUUUAUUCUGUUAAAAAAAAAGAGAAUAUUUAUGUUACGUGAAGUAUUUAAAAACAUAUGUAAUAAAUUAAAAUGAAAAUUGAAAGUAAAAUUUAAACAUGUCAA